AUGAUCGGGGCACCGACCUUCAACCUCAGCCUCGACGGCAGCAGGCUGGGCGGGCUGAUGCUUGCCGGGACCCCCGGGUCUGAUACCGUGGAAGAGCUCUGUGAUGCCGUCUACCCCGCCACGGCGCUGUCGGCAGUCGCCGGAGUCCUGUAUACUUUUGCCGAGCGGUCGAUUAUCACCAUCCGUAACGACGCGGCGACAGUGUUCAAGGACCGGUUGAUUGGCCAUAUGCCCGGCCAUUCGAGGAUGUAUUGGUCUGCGGAUCGUGCCCGGGAUGGCUCCGCCAGGGAUCAACCCACGCUGACAGACCACCCUCCGGAGUAUCUGCGGACGAUUAAUCUCACCAGCCUGCCGCCGUUGGAGCUGGCCUUGAAGGUCGGCGCCCCGACUAUGCUGAUCUGGAACCUACGUCAUGAGGGCGGCCUCUGCAACGGCACCCGUCUCAUCAUCACGGGUCUGUAUGAUUGGAAUAUCACCGCCCGUAUCAUCGCCGGUGACUAUAAAGCGGCGGAGUACACGAUCCCGCGUGUGCCAUUGGAGACGACCGAGGGACAGCUAUCCUUCACUCUCCGUCGCGUACAGUUUCCGAUCCGUCUCUGUUUCGCUAUGACAAUUAAUAAGAGCCAGGGACAGUCGUUAAAAAGGUGGGUGUGGAGUGGCAAAUCUAUCGGUCCUACAGACCUACACGUAGAGGCCUCGCAUGCAACAGAAAAUGUCCGUAUUUCCAGAGGUCGUACAGCGCUUCCAUACGACGGAGCUGUACAAGUUAGUUAG